AGCCUCGAGAGCAGCACCUCAAAAAAGAUUCGAAAGGGCUGGCACGGCAUCAAUGGAGAGGACGAACGUUAUUAAGGUUCAGGCUAUAUAUUUUAGAGAUAGAAGAUCAUGUAUGAUCAUGUGAAAAAAGCAUUACGACCAUGUUGGAAUAUUUUAAUCGUUGUACAGAAGAAUCAUUCGUCAUUUUGUAGCUUAGUUGUUAUUGUUUAUGAUAAAUUCAUUGGGAGAAAUAAAGCUACAACAGGGGUAGCCCACAGGGACCUAACCCCAAGGCUAAUCCUCCUAUCAUUCAUGGUGACAAGAACGAAUUAUACAUGGGGCAUCUAGUUCUACACUCGUCUUUACACCUCUAAGAAAAGACCGAAAAACGAGGCCACAACGCUUGGAGGAGGACCAAAUAGUACCUCAACCGAAGAUAGCAGGAGUCACAUGCUGAAGCGGAACACGGCUCACGCAGGAACUGUGCGUAAAAUGAGAGACGCCGAACUCGAGGUCGCAAGGCUGAGGGAAGAGCUGGCCCUGAAGGAGCGAGAUGCUGAAGCGCAUCGUAGUUAAGGCGUGAACUUGGCAAUGUAGAAGAUCAUGCAGAUAAUAUUUAAUCAAUCAAUCACAUUGCCUCCACAGGGCACCGACCUCCCGGCAUCUGCUACUGAAUGAUACAAAGAAAAGGGGCACAACUACCUGUGGGGCCCCCCCGCGUGGGGUUGGAGAGUGUAAUGCCCUAAAUAUUGCGUCAGUAACGGAAAUGCAUGGACGCAUGUUGACCUCUAAUUCACAAAAGCCGACAGGUUCAAGCGGAACUCUGCCGCACUGCAGAAUGAGUUGUCGAAGGUAAAGGAAAAAGAGGUCAAGAUGGAGCAUUUUGUGCGCGAAAAGGACAGCGAGCACACUCUAGUCGAGAAACUUCUGCAACAAUUGAAGGAGAAGGACCAGAAGAUAGCGCAUUUAGGCAACGAAUUGCAUGUGGUACUACAACUUUACUUUCUAUUGUAGUGGUGACUGAGAGCCUCACUGGAAAUUAGAACUACCUUAUAGCAGUUUCAUCUGUGGUUGUGGUACUACUGCCUUAAAAAUAAUUUUCAGUCAUGUCUAUGUGUUUCUAGCUAGCGGUCUGCGUCAAACAAGCAGUCGUGGGUGUCUAUUAAUAUGCUAGACUUGCGUAUUAACCUGCUGAUCAUAUCGUCUGGUGUCUUCUUUCACCUUAUAUAUAGGUAAAGCUGUGAAGAUGAUACCUUUAAUUCCUAUUUUCAAUCCUCUUCUCCACCAGGCUGCUGUCACGCGGCAGGAGGCUGAGAAAACGGAUGUAGAGGGAGCAGUGUCCUCUCCAACAGGAAAUGGAAAUGGCGAAGCAGUUUUGACCGAGGAGCCGAGGGCGAGGAAGGAGAAAAUGAACGCAGACGGCAAGGAAGAGGAGCAGGAGGAAGAUGCUGGGACAGGUAAAACCUUCAUGAUCUUGUUGAAUCUGCAUGUGCUUCACCAGAGGAUCAUCAUGCACUAUUGUUAUUGAUCCAUUUUAUGUAGGAAAAGCUCAAUCCUUCUCUGCUUUUCAGCUGCUGAUACGGAUGAGAUAGAUUUCGAUGCGGACGAUCCAGAGGCAAUAGAAGAAUACUCGAAAAAGCUAUGGGAUGA